UUCAGGGCAUUGACCGUUAUUUACCCUAGCAAUUACAAAUAAGUGAAUAAGCAUAACAAUAAAAAACGUAUGAUCACACGACGAGGUGGUCAAAUUUCAUAAUGAUGAUAUGCCUAAAUAAAGAUAAAGGUUUUAAAAGUGUUCUUAUUCUGCUUCGAUAUCGUUAGACCCGGGUAAUAGAACCGUUAUCCGUUUAGAAUUAAAGUUCAACAACGGCUAGUGUUUUUAAUCAUUUUUUCUUUACUUUAAUUUUUUCACUUUACGAUUUACAAAAAAAUCUCUCUUUUUCCUGCCAAAUUCAUUCUCCAAUCACUGAUAAAAUCAUUGCAGAAGAACUAAAGUAUUCAUUCAUUAAUUCCUGAGAGAAAACAAAAAUGGCGGACCAAACCGGCGGAGCAGCAGCCGACUCUAUGGCGGCGCCGCUCCCCCACCGCCGGCCCAGAGUGAGAGAAGUCAGUUCGCGAUUCAUGUCCCCUUUAACUCAGUCCAAUUCAACCCCAAUCCCUUCCGAUUUUCCGCGCUCCAAAUCCGCCCACCGCCGCCGACCAUCUAAUAAAACCGACGAGAAUCUAAUUCCCGAGUCAAUUAAUCGAAUGUUAGACAAUUCAUCCGCCGCAGCUCCAUCAACUGUGCAAAGUAAAGAGAAACGUGAUUGCAGAGACAACAAGCAUUCCGAAGCAAGGGCAAUUUCGUCCAGAUCCGACACGCCGAUUCCAAUCGGUGCAGAGAGGAUUGUUCCGUCGAGAUACAGGCAAGUUUCCAACACCAUCCACCGUUCGAAUUCACUGAGUAGUAGCAGCAAUGUGUGCUCCGCCGCCGUCACUUCAGCGGCCAGGCUCUUGCAAGAGGCCACCUCCGAUUCAUGCAAUUCCCCUGUUUCAAAACAGGGGAGUUCUUCUUCAUGCCCUAAUUCACCACUCUGUGAUCGGCCUUCCGUGCCAGAUGCCGCUGGAAAUUCUAGCAAGGUCAUCGGUGAUUGUAUGCGCUCGUUGAAUUUUUCGUCUUUCGCGAAGAUGGGGGGUGGUGUUUCCCGCCCCCCUCAAAAUCCUUCAACUUGUAUGAGGUCCGGAUUCGAUUCGAGAAAAAGCGGGAAAUUAUCCAACCAUCAAGAAGAUUCACAUUCCUUGAAGAUGUUGAGUAACUAUUAUCUGCAGUGGCGAUUUGCAAACGCGAAAGCGGAUGCCUCCAUUCAUGCACAAAAGCAAGAAGCGGAGAGAAAAAUUUGGUCACUUGGAGUCGAGAUAUCAGAUAUGCGCGACCGAGUGAAAAAUAAACAAAACGAACUUGCAGUAUUGCAACGUGUACAAACUUUCACCGCAAUAGUUGAAGCUCAAAUGCCAUAUCUCGACGAAUGGUCUACCUUGGAAGAGGAUUACUCAAAUUCUCUAUUAGGCACAACAAACGCAUUGCUCAGUUCUUCGGUCAGAAUUCCGGUCAACGGGGAUGCGCGCGCUGAUACUAUAGAGCUAAAGGAGGCUCUAAACUCGGCACUCAAAGUGGUCGACUUGAUCGGCACUCAUAUUCAGAGAUUUAUCGUAGAAGCUGGGAAAAUGGAUACCUCAAUUUGCGAAUUAGCUAGGAUGGUUGGAGGAGAAAAAGCUCGUAUUCAUGAGUGCGGAGAUUUACUAUCCAAGAUUUACUCAUCGCAGGUGAAGGAGUGCAGCCUCAGGGGAACCCUAAUACAAUGGCACAAGACCCUAUGAGCUGAAUAUACAGACAGAAGAAAAAAAUUAAUAUAUAUAUUUUAUUCUUUUUCCUA